GGCGGCCGCCGCCCCGCGCCCCGGCAGCCAUGCGGACCCUGCGGCCGCAGCUCGCCUCCCUGCUCCUCCUCGGCAUGGCACUGGCCCAGCGGCAGGUGACGGUGCAGGAGGGACCCCUGUACCGCACAGAGGGGUCCCACGUCACGCUGUGGUGCAAGGUGAGCGGCUACCAGGGCCCGGCGGAGCAGAACUUCCAGUGGUCCAUCUACCUGCCCUCGGCCCCCGAGCGGGAGGUGCAGAUCGUCAGCACCAUCGACCCCUCGUUCCCCUACGCCAUCUACACCCAGCGCGUGCGCGGCCGCGGGAUCUACGUGGAGCGGGUGCAGGGGGACGCCGUCCUGCUGCACAUCACGGAGCUGCAGGACCGGGACGCCGGGGAGUACGAGUGCCACACGCCCAACACCGACGAGAGGUAUUUCGGGAGCUACAGCGCCAAGAUGAACCUCGUGGUGAUCCCCGACUCGCUGCGAGUGACGGCAGUGCCGCAGACACUGAACAAAGUGGAGCAUGACUCCCUGGAGCUGAAGUGCGAGGUGUCCAAGAGCACAGCCCAGCACAGCCACGUCUCCAUCGCCUGGUACCGGCAGCGCGGCAGCGAGGCGCCCGUGGAGGUCAUCUCCCUCAGCCGCGACUUCGUCCUGCGGGCCGGCAGCGCCUACGCCCAGCGACAGGCCACAGGGGACGUUCGCCUGGACAAAGUUGGGGAGACCACCUCAAAGCUCACCAUCUACAACCUCCACCCGUCAGAUCAGGGAGAGUUUUACUGCGAGGCGGCGGAGUGGAUCCAGGACCCGGACGAUUCUUGGUACGCCAUGACCCGCAAGCGCUCCCAGGGCACCAUCGUCAACGUGCAAGCCACUGAUAAGGAGUUCAGCGUCCGGCUGGAGACAGAGAAGCGGAUGUACAUCGUGGGGGAGCCGGUGGAGUUCCGGUGCAUCCUGGAGGCUCAGAACAUCCCUGACCGCUACUUCUCCAUCUCCUGGGCCUUCAACAGCUCCCUCAUCGCCAGCCUGGGGCCCAACGCCGUGCCAGUGCUCAACAACGAGUUUGCCCAGCGCGAGGCCCUGGGGCAGCUGAAGGUGGCCAAAGAGAGCGACAGUGUUUUUGUGCUGAAGAUCUACCGCCUCCGCCUCGAGGACAGCGGCAAGUACAACUGCCGGGUGACCGAGCGGGAGAAGACUGUGACAGGGGACUUCAUCGACAAGGAGAGCAAGCGGCCAAAGAACAUCCCCAUCACUGUUAUGCCUCUCAAGACCAGCAUCUCCUUGGAGAUUAUCAACAACGCCAGCAAUGUCUUGGAAGGAGAGAGCCUGCGCUUUGGCUGCAACGUGCGCUCGGGCUUCGGGCCCCAGAGCCGCCUCUCCGUCACCUGGCAGCUGGUGGACAAGCUGAACCGGCGCAGCGAAAUCGUGCGUCUGGAUCGGGAGGGCACCCUGCACCCUGGCCCCUCGUACGCCGAGCGCAGCAGCUACGGGGGCAUCCAGGUAGAGCAGGUCCGGCCCGGCUCCUUCACCCUGGAGAUCUUCAACAGCGUCAAGGCGGACGAGGGCCACUAUGAGUGCCGGGUGGCCGAGUGGACGCGGACGCUGGAUGGGGAGUGGCAGAUGGUUGGGGAGCGGCACGCGGGCACCCCGGUGUCCAUCACUGCUCUGGAGGCCGGCUUUGCUGUCACAGCCAUCUCCCGCACCCCCGGCGUCACCUACAACGAAUCCUUUGACCUCCAGUGCAUCAUCAAGCCCCACUACCCGUCCUGGGUGCCGGUGUCGGUGACGUGGCGUUUCCAGCCAGCGGGCAGUACCGAGUUCCACGACCUGGUGACCUUCACGCGCGACGGCGGGGUGCAGUGGGGUGACAGGUACCUGGGUUUCCGGACCCGCACCGCCAUCGAGAAGGCUGAGUCGUCCAACAACGUGCGCCUGAGCAUCAGCCGGGCUAGCGACACAGAGGCCGGCAAGUACCAGUGCGUGGCUGAGCUCUGGAGGAAGAACUACAACAGCAGCUGGACAAGGCUGGCGGACAGGACCUCCAACCUGCUGGAAAUCAGGGUCCUGCGGCCAGUGACCAAGCUGCAGGUGAGCAAGUCGAAGCGGAGCAUCACCCUGGUGGAGAACCGGCCCAUCCCCCUCAACUGCUCGGUGAAGUCCCAGACCAGCCCCGACUCGCACUUUGCCGUGCUGUGGUAUGUCCACAAGCCCUCGGACGCCGAUGGCAAGCUCAUCCUGAAGACCACCCACAGCUCUGCCUUCGAGUAUGGCACCUAUGCGGAGGAGGAGGGGCUGCGGGGCCGGCUGCAGUUCGAGCGCUCUGCAUCCGGGGGGCUCUUCAGCCUGACGGUGCAGCGGGCCGAGGUCCGAGACAGCGGCAGCUACUACUGCCACGUGGAGGAGUGGCUGCUCAGCCCCAACCACGCCUGGUACAAGCUGGCAGAGGAGGUGUCAGGGCGGACAGAGGUCACCGUCAAGCAGCCAGAUAACCGCCUGCAGGUGAACCAGACCCACAGGAACAUCACGGUGCUGGAGAACGAGUGGGUGACCCUGGAGUGCCUGGUGAGCAACCGGACCAGCCCUUCAUCCCAGCUCUCAGUGGAGUGGUACGUGUGGCGGCCGGGCCAGCCAGAGAAGGAGGUGGUGGCCUGGCUGAGCCGGCAGAGCACCCUGCACUACGGGGACCUGGCAACACCAGGAGACCUGCGGAGCCGACUGCACCUGGAGAGCCCAUCCCCAGGUCUCUUCCUCCUCUCCAUCCAAAACGCCACAGUGCGGGACAGUGGGGCCUACAACUGCCGUGUGGAGGAGUGGCUGCUCGACCCCAGCGACCGCUGGUACAAGCGGGCAGAGGACCUCUCCGGGCUCAUCACCCUCACUGUCAAGCAGCCAGAUCCCACCUUGCAGGUGGACACAGCCACCACCAACCUCACGGUGCAGGAGAAGGAGUCCUUCCCGCUGGACUGCAGCAUCCUGUCCCGCUCCAGCCCGGAGUCCCACUUUGCAGUGACGUGGUACAGCCUGCGGGCCAAAGAGGCGGGUGACCACGCGGAGCAGCAGGAGGAGGAGGAGGAGGAGAGGGAAGCGGUGCUGAGCGUGGGCCCCGACGCCGUGUUCAGCCCUGAGGCCGGUCGCUGGGAGGGCCGCCUGCGCUUCCAGAGGCUCUCGGCGGUGCUUUUCCGGCUGACGGUGCUGCAGGCUGGCGGUGCCGACACAGGCAACUACUCGUGCCGCGUGGAGGAGUGGCUGGCAGACCCCAACGGCGUGUGGUACCGGCUGGCAGACGAGGAGUCGGGGAUGGUCGCUGUUCACGUGCAGGAUACAGGCUCCACUCUGCAGUCGGUCAUCUGCUCCAACGAUGCCCUUUUCUACUUCGUGUUCUUCUAUCCCUUCCCCAUUUUCGGCAUCUUGAUCAUCACCAUCCUCCUGGUGCGAUUCAAGAGCCGAAACUCCAGCAAGAACUCAGAGGGCAAGAACGGGGUCCCCUUGCUGUGGAUCAAAGAGCCCCACCUCAACUACUCUCCCACUUGCCUAGAGCCACCGGUGCUCAGCAUCCACCCGGGAACCAUAGACUAAAGAGGCAGAAGCACCUGGGGGGACGCACAGAGGGAAAAAAGCAGAGACACGCUGGGAACCCCAGAGCGGGUUUUGUUGUUCUUGUUUCAUUUGUUUCCCUGUCUGUGCUGUGAUGCAGAGGCUGAGCUCUGUGGAGUGCCCAGCCAGCAGGAGCAGGGAGGUCCAAGACUUUUCCCAGCACCCAUGGAAAUACACUCCCUCAUCCCAAUGGACAGAGGCACUUGCUGUACAUAGCGGAUGUUCCUCUCGAACUAAUAUUACUCCCAUCAGUUGCUGUCUUUUGGGCUGUUACUUUUUUAUCAUUUCUUUAUCAGUUGCUCAGAAAACUGUAGGUUUCCCCUGCUCUCCACACAGUGUGGAGUUCCCAGGGGUUGUUUGGUCCUGGGACAAUCUCUUUGGAAGUAAGUGUAUAUGUUUUCCAAAACAGACUGUUUUUCCUUCUCAGACUUAGUGCCAUGGUGAAGAAGGUCUUUUCCCAAGGUGUGCUCUUCCAAAACAGACAAAGCCAGGUCUAUCCCCAGAGGGUUGACUGGGCUGUCUUCUGGGAGGUCCAUUGCAAAGACUGACUGUAGCCUCAUCAUCUUCUUACCUCCACCUUACUGUUCUCUCAGGAGGGAGCAGUUCACCUUUUGGGAGCAUUCCCAGGUCGUGGAGAGACUGAACAUUCAGCGCGCUUGUGAUCAGGACAAAAGCAGUUUAGUUUGUCUCAAAGAACUGAAGGGGUGAAAGGAAGGAGGACACCUGAAAGCCCUGACUUCGUUGGUAGCAAAGAGGGUCCUCAUAUGGUCCAGCUUACCAGAGUCAUGCUCUUCCCUGGUGUCCAUGCUGCCACCUCUGACGAGGCGGAUCCCCUCUGUGCCCCAGUCGUUUGUGGAUGGGAGGCUUGAUCCAGUCUCUGAAGGCUUCAACAUGACCAAAGUAAUUACUCUAGGAAGGAGGAAAGGGGAAGCUCCACGGGUUGGGUUCACAGUCCCCGGAUGGUUCAGCCAAAGGAGCCCAGUAGCAAACAUGCCAUGCAGUGGGGACAUGCAGUUCACCACCACAGGUCACGAGUUUUCCUGUGGCUUGCACUACUUCCUGGUGCAAGCCUGGACAAGGCCAGGAGCCUGCAGCACAUCAGCACCCUCGGGCUUCCCUGCUCCUUGGCCAAGAGAAAUCUUCCCGUGUGUGUGUAUGUGCAUCUGCUGUUUUUCAUUUCUGGGACUUCAGGAGGAAAAACCAUUUCUCCAUAAGCUCCCUCUCCUGGCAAAGUCACCUGCUCUUGUAAGAGCCGCUGUGGCAGGAAAUGCUGUUCUUUCUGUGAAAGAUAUGGCUCUCAUGAACCAAACCAGGGCUCUCGCCACGUGGGGCACCUGAACUCCUGUACCCCUGAUGCCAAGAACCCCUACCCUGUCCUGUGGAGGAACCCGCCUCCUCCCCUGUACGACCUAAGUGUUACGUCUGGCGGAAGGAAAUGUUUGCCAAAAAUGGCCUUUUGUUGUCUUCCUCGAUGUCUUCCUGGCAAAUCCGGCCAUUUAUAUUUUUGCAUCAUGGCUGAAGCCAACCAGGGGUGGACGGGCACAACCACUAGAGCACCCUGCCUCACGUGUGAGAGGUGCCAUACUCACAGCCGUUAUCCUCUCUGGGAGGGUUGGACUGCUCUUUGUGAACAGAGGGGACCUCAGCAGAUGCUCUGUAGCACUAGUCAGACCCUGAUGCCUUGGUGUUUCAGAGGUGGUGAGGCUUCAGGUAGGAGAUCUGCACCACACAGCCUCUCUCCUGUCUGGGAGAGGACCCGCGUGGCUGCAGAUCAACCCACCCUAAGGCAUUUGAAGUUGGCCACCUCUGCGCCUCUACCAGAACAGCAUUGGUUUCUUCUUCUGCUGGGAAGCCCAAAUUUCACUUGUCCCUCUGUGAAGUCUGCCUCCUCGAGAUGUAACCGCUUGCUGGCCCCAGCAUAUGCAUAAAGUCACACUCCUGUAUAUGUAUGUAUGUAUCGCACACCCGCACACUUGUCUUCCCUUUCUGACUGAGGUGUCUGCAAAGAGAGGAGUGGGAUGAGAAGUGAAUGGAAAUGAAGAACCGAGGUGCAAACAGCAGCAGCUGCAGCCAGUGGGUAUUAUUUCAUAUGUACUAUCUCCUGUACAUACUGCUCCCGGGCAGGGACCGCGACUCAUUCCAGCUCCAAGGAAGAAGAGCAAAUGAAGACAAGAGGAGCCGUUCUUCCCUGGGAGAGCCCUGCUCUGCAUCUGAGCCACGCUCCUCCUCGCCAGCCUGUCUGCCCCAGAGCAGGGCUCUCCUGGAAGGCUGUCCCAUGGCCCCGUCCCCCCAGACGGAACGGGUCCCUUCCCAGCCCAGCGGUUCCUGCACAGAGCCCAGGCUGUCCUGGGAAGCAGCUCCCACACUGGUCCCUGAAUGUACCUUGCCAGUGACAUUUCUCCAUUGCUCUGGCAGUGUGUUGCCCAGUCUCAAACUUCUCUGUGUUUUUAUAAGGCAGACUCUUCCUGUAACGAGUUUUAAUGCGGAGCUUUUCAAACCACUCUCUCUGCUGUAACUUUCUGUAACAAACCCGAGAAGAAAGAGAGAUACCCUAUCCAUGCAUGAUGUGGAAAAAUGUUUGGGAUUUUUUUUUUUUUUUUAAAGAAAACAACAAAAACUUUGUACUAUGUUGCACUAAAACAUGUUUUAUACAACACACUCGAGAGCUGUAGUAAACUGUGUUGAAAUUGUGAA